AUGAGGAAGGAUAGCACGAGUGAGAUGAAAGGCGGCGUCAAGAUUUACCGACAUCAUGCGGCGAUAGGUUUCGGUCGUCAUGUCGUUGAAAAGAUAGAACAGAUAGAUUCUAGCAAUGUUGGCAAGGAUGUCGAUCUUUUGGAAUUGACGAUCUCUGCCAAUCAAAGGUUAGUCCACCUCUUCUUUUCCCUCUUCUCUUCCCUUCCCGAGCACCUGCUGUCCCUAGGCGACGUGGAACUCCCACCAGGCGAAUGGGCCGAGUAUGCUAUCUCCCUUCUAUGGGAUGCCGCGAGACGCGGCACCUACGUCCGAACCGACCUCCUCGCAAUCCUCCGUGGCCAUGAACUUCAACGCGAGGUGGUGUGUAUCCCCCUUGCGAGUUCCUCUAAUGCGUGUAUGAAGAAUGGAUAUAUGAAUGAUUCUACGACAGUCAACCAACAACUCGUCUUUAAACGACGUGAUCUUCUUGGGCCAGGGUAUGAUAAUCCCAACGGUUCCCUCUUCUUCGAUCUUGAUCUUUUACCAGACUUUGCAAGUCGUGCUCUUGAACGUAUGAACCUUGUACCCGCCAUUUAA